ACAACGGAGCUGCAGAGGAUGCGCUGAGGUGAUCCGUCAGCCAGGCGUCGGCUGAGGGUGACGAGGUGGGGUGGGGGGCUCAGGGGGAGGAAGAGGAGGUGAGGAGGGAGGAGGAUGGGCCUGGAAGGCAGACUUGCGAUGGCACGGCAGCAAUUGGAUUAAAACAGUAUGCUGGACAAGAGCGAGGCGACGACGCUCAGCCUCCCCGCCACCACCAGCCAUGGCGGCUCUGACAGUAACAUCAGCGCAGAGGGCGCGGCGGGGUCAUCAUCGGGGGUCACAGCGGCAGGCGCGGAGGGCGGCAUGGGGGCCGGCGAGCCUCAUCGGACGCGGGCCGCCCUGGAGCACCUGCAGCAGAAGAUCCUGAAGGUGACCGAGCAGAUCCGCGUAGAACAGGAGGCCCGCGACGACAACGUGGCAGAGUACCUGAAGUUGGCCCACAACGCCGACAAGCAGCAGGCGUCUAGGAUCAAGCAGGUGUUUGAGAAGAAGAACCAAAAGUCGGCACAGACCAUCGCACACUUGCACAAAAAGUUGGAGCAUUAUCACAAGAAGCUAAAGGAGAUCGAGCAGAAUGGACCGGCCCGUCAGCCAAAAGACGUCCUGCGGGACAUGCAGCAAGGAUUAAAGGACGUCGGGGCCAAUGUCCGAGCAGGGAUAAGUGGCUUCGGCGGUGGCGUUGUGGAAGGGGUCAAAGGUGGCGUGUCAGCCCUCACUCACACUGCCGUGGUCUCUAAGCCGAGAGAGUUUGCCAGCCUCAUCAGGAACAAGUUUGGCAGCGCGGAUAACAUCGCUCACCUAAAGGACACGCUGGAGGACGGCGUCGGGUGCCACGCAGACGACACCCCCACGCCCCGUGCCCUGAGUGGCAGCGCCACGCUGGUCUCCAGUCCGAAGUACGGCAGCGACGAUGAGUGCUCCAGCGCCACGUCCGGCUCAGCUGCGUGCAGCAACUCUGGCGGGGUGGGAGGAGGAGUGGGAGUAGGAGGAGUAGUAGGAGGAUUAGGAGGAGGAGUGUUAGGACCCACUAUGGGGAGUCCCAGGUUAGACGGGCACCAUCAUCAUCACCAUCAUGUGCACAGCUCGUGGGACUCUCUCCUUGAGGGCCUGCAGGAGAUCAAAGCUAGUCAGGCCCACAUGGAAGACACCAUCGAGGACAUGAAGGGCCAGCUGCAGAGCGACUACUCCUACAUGACACAGUGCCUGCAAGAGGAGAGAUACAGGUAUGAACGACUAGAAGAACAGCUGAGUGACCUGACGGAGCUUCAUCAGAAUGAGAUGAGCAACCUCAAACAGGAACUGGCCAGCAUGGAGGAGAAAGUGGCCUAUCAGUCCUAUGAGCGAGCACGAGACAUCCAGGAGGCAGUGGAGUCGUGCCUGACGCGCAUCACUAAGCUGGAGCUGCAGCAGCAGCAGCAGCAGGUGGUCCAGCUGGAAGGCGUCGAGAACGCCAACGCUCGGGCGCUGCUGGGCAAGCUCAUCAACGUCAUCCUGGCGCUGAUGGCCGUGCUGCUGGUCUUCGUGUCCACGCUGGCCAACUUCAUCACGCCACUGAUGAAGACCCGGGCCCGUGUGGCCGCCACCGUUCUGCUGACUGUGCUGCUCUUCGUUAUGUGGAAGCAUUGGGACUUUGUGGAGACCUGGCUGCUGCCACGCUGAGCUGGGGUCCAGUGACAAAGGUCAAAGUUCAUACUGGAAGGCGGAAACGUGAACUGCUGCAAUGGUCUGCGAGGACAGGAUGAGGACUUCUCAUGAUUGUGAUGUGCUCUUCAUCAUGUGCAAUCAACUGACGCUUCAGGAAAGAUAACAUGGAUUUUGGAGGAACUGCCAUUUACGGACCUUCACUGGUCACUUUAUUAGGUACACCUGUACAAUGUGUUGACGUCCAAUACAAAGAGUAAGGACAAGACAACAAUGCUCCGUUUUGAUGGCAUUUCACUGAUAAAAAUCAUGUUUUUUGUUAAAAUAAAGUCGAUGCAAUUAAAAAAAAGACAUAAGUGAAUAGCAAAAUACUGUAAUUAAAUACAUACAUAUUUGUAGAUUAUAUCAUUUAUUUGUUUUAAAAUGUAAACAACUUCCACUGAUAAAAAUUUGUCAUAGAAUAAAAUUCAAUAAAUUCAAUUAAAAAUCCCUAUUCGUAAAAAGUAGUGGUACCUCAUGAUACAAGUUUGAUUGGUCCUUGGAAAAUUGUAUACAAGUCAAAAUAAAAUGUUUUUAUUCUGUGCUCGGCUGAUCAGUUUAUGUUUUGGUAAUUGCCUUUUUUUGUUUCAUGAAUUGGAAUUGAAAAAGAAAACAAUCGGGGUAUUUAAAUAAAACUGAAAAAUAAAGUCUGAGUGUCGAAGAGGAAAUCAAACUGUUUUCGAUCGAGUAACUGCUUUUCAACACACACAAAAAAACGCUUUGUUUUUCCAAUUAAAAUUUUUGUUUCAAAAUAAAGUUCAAAUAAACAAAUCCGCUUUUUUUUUUUUUUAAAUAUCCAUUCAUAAAAGGAAAAUUCAAUGACCAAAAGAUACACUGGCCUCAGACCUUGCCCACCGCCCAAAACAGCACAAUUUUAACAUGUAAAACAUUUGAGAUCAAAUAUGUAAAAAAAUUUAGAUAAGAAAUAUUGUAUAAAAAUUAUUACAAUACUGGACUACAGUAAUUUUAUGAAGUGAUGCAAUAAUAAUGUACAGUAUUUACCUUUACGAGUGGACAACAUCUCUGAGCUGCUUCUGCGUCAAACCCAUCAUCAGCAGCUUCUCCAUAUUUUCAUGGAUAAAUGUCUGCUGUGUAGAUAUUAUUUAAACAACUUGGCUGGUGUUGGACUCAUUCUGUUUCACUAUGGCGCAGACUUGCAGUAGUACACUCCAAAAUAAGUUAGCCAGCUAAACACUUUCAUAUUUUGGAUUAUUUAUUUAUUUUUCAAUGAAUAUUAUCCACUUCUUCUCAGCACUGUACUUUACACUCACUUCCUGCCUUCCUUCCCACGGUUAGGAAAACUAUAUUAUGUCCAUCUCUCGCUAUAAGGCGGUUAAGGCCGGAUGUUUUGGAUCGGAUCUUACGGGGCUCACUGUGACAUUUGCUACCUUAUAAGCGAAGGCACGCGUAUUGCGAGGUACCACUGUAUUUCAAUUUGUCAUGACUAUAUUUUAUACAUUUUUCAUUUCAUUUAACUAUUUUAUUGUGAUUGUACUUUUUGCAAUUUUGAACUGCAUUGCAUUGUUUGUAAUAUUUGGUCACCCUAUUGAGUCACAUGACAAAUGUUAAGGAACAGCUCUCAGGGUGAUGCAGUGCACAAUAAUAAUCCUAUUGGUGAAGAACCAAUGUCAAAGUUUAUAUGUGCAGGUGUACCUAAUGUUGUGUUCCUCAUCUCUGGUUCGUCGCUUUUUAGACUAUUUAUUUUUGCCGUAUUUCCUUAGCUGAAUAAAAUGCAUCAUCAUCAUUAUUAUGGGAAAAGAAAAAACGAUUUCUCAUGCACAUAGUGGAUGAUUUGACUUUGUUGUAGAUAUCUGCUUUUGCUCCCUGCAGUGUCAAACUGGCAUGUCAACAUGUGUCAAUGUUUCUAUCCACUUUGCAAAAAUAUACUUGGAAAAAACUUAUUUUUUUCAGUACUUUCUUUUUUUUUUUAAAGAGGUUAAGAAAGCAGACACUGCUGUCUUGUAGAGGAUUAAUCUCAAGACAGAUUGUCUUGAGAUUACAAAUUUUUUUCCAGGCAUUAUUAGCCAUUUAUCAUGUUUGGUUUAGGAGUUAUGUUUAAAUAACUGUCAUAUCAAAUAAUGCAGUUAUACUGUCAUUAUGAGUAAAACCCAAGUUUUGUAUUUGUAAACCUUACCAAAAUACCUGAUUCUGGUAAAACUCACAUAGAUUCAAUAUAACAGGCAUUUUUAGACGUAUUGCAAGUUUGGUUUUGGAGUUAUGUUUAUUUAACUUUCAUAUACAGUAUGACAGUUAAUCCGUCAUAUUAAGUAAAAAAAACUAAUAUGUUUCUUUACAAACCUUAUAAAAAAAAAAAAAUUCCAGGAAAACUCAAAAAGAUAAAUUUUUCCAGGCAUUAUUAGCC